CUUUGAUGGUCGUUAUGCCAUACAGAAUCUGGGCAGCAUACGCAUUCAGCACCGACGGUCGUGUCUCUGGCGACCUUUCAAAACCUCUCUAUCACGCUGCCCGUUAUCGCGAAUCCAAUAUCUGCACAUUUCCCUGGCGUGCGUUCGGUCUUUACAAGAAUGCCCGUCGUUUGCUACUUUAGCUCCGAAUACGUACUUGUUGUGUUAUGCGGCAAAAUAUGCAUACCAUUGAAAUCCUUUGCGCCACGAGACAAGCUAGCACGCACCUCCAAUGCAUCAUUAUUGAGACGGUCAUGUCUCAGUCUGCGCUUCCAGGAACAUUGUGACCCGUCAACAUAGGUCGCAUAAUGGUCUGCCACCUCUCUUCUUGACAUAAAUCUGCAGCAUGAAGCCAGGAUGCGAUGGCAUUGCAUCGAUAGUCUUCGACAAGGGUCUGCGCUGGUCGUUCUGAGGUACCUGGUCCCUUGAUCGACGCGCAAAUGUAGCCGAGAGAUCGAGCGCGAAGCUGAGCUUGGUUAGCGAAUGCGGACAACCAUUGCAGAGCAUCAUGAGAGUCGUUGGUCAGAACCCCUGAAGCCGAGUUGUCCGCGUAUUCUGAUCGAUGAUGAGCACCAACAAGGAAAACACUUGGAGGGCAGACAUUCAGCUUGUGAUCAUAAGAAGGGGUGCUUCCUCCUGAGAUGACUUUGCCACUCUCAGCCUACUCAUAUUCCUAACCAGAAAGCUCUUCCUCAAUAUGUCGGCAAAUCGAAUCAAUGCGGAUCACUCCUCACAGGGAACAGAUCAACAGGCAACGUCUACAGCCUCGGCCACCAAUAAUGGAUCUAGCGACCAAAACAACGCUGCUUCAACAAACAUGAACCACACCGCUGAGCAAGUCGCUCCUUCAACAAACAUGAACCAGACCGCUGAGCAGUCCCAUACACUGGACGAAGAAGAAUUCGAUCUCUCAGCGGCUGAAGAGGUCACUUUCGACACAAUUGGCGAUUCAGCGACGGACAGGCUCCCAGAAUCGCGUGAAGAAGGCGCUGACAAUUAAAGGUACUGUAUCCCGUUUCACAGAACAAAGCUUGCUGAUCAGACCAGCCAGAUCCCUAGACUUCCGUAUUCAUUCACGAUUGAUAAACUACCACGCAGAUUUCUUGAGGUUGACCAAGUCGCGUCCUGGGCUGUUAAUUCUCUGGAUCUCCCUUACGUUCUGUGGCACUCGUGAAUGGGAAUAUCUAUAUAGGGUGAAUAUCUAAAUAGUGGAAGGUAUUGCUUGCUCUACGGUUCCUUCACGUCUCGACAAUCGUGAGGUUGGAGAAAAUUGUCUAUAGCAGCAAGCUACUCUUGCCCAAUGAAGAGUCUUCGCGUUUUAACUCUGCCGACGGGCAAUCACGUGGGCCCUUGUGCCCAAUCAAGC